GAUGAAGUUUUGCUGUUGCAUUUUGGCGCUGCACGUCCUUAUCGUUACGGCACAGACACGACAGCGGCAAGUCCACACCAUCAGGCCCAGUCCCUCUAACAGACGUGAGCGCAUCGAAGCCCAAAUUGCAGAACCUCCUGAAACUUUUCAACCGGUUCAUCUGGAGGAGCGCGGGAGCAGACGCACGCAACAGCAGGGUGCUCGUCCAGGGACCAGUAACCGUGUGACACUGGAUAGAAGCGCCAAUGAAGUAACAUCAAACUGUCGAAAUCGCCCUAUCGAUUUGGUCUUCAUUAUUGACAGUUCUCGCAGUGUGCGUCCUUCUGAGUUUGAGAAAGCCAAAGAGUUUCUCCAGGACAUGGUGGACAGUUUGGAUAUCGGCUCAGACAGCACUAGAAUCGGUCUGGUAAACUAUGCCAGUACGGUUAAGAUUGAGUUCCUCCUAAAAACAUAUUCUGACAAGACGGCCCUCAAAAAAGCUCUGUCCAGAGUAGAUCCCCUGGCCUCAGGCACCAUGACAGGGCAGGCCAUUAAAAUGACAAUGGAGCAGGUAUUCACCACAGAAGCUGGAGCGCGAAUGUCCUCCAAGGACAUUGCCAAAGUGGCCAUCAUCGUGACGGACGGACAUCCCCAGGACAACGUGGAGGAGGUGUCUGCUGCAGCUCGGGCAUCGGGAAUAGAGAUCUACGCCGUUGGAGUGGGACGAGCUGACCUGACGUCUUUGAGGCUCAUGGCCAGUCCUCCUCUGGAUGACCAUGUCUUCUAUGCGGAAACAUAUGGGGUCAUAGAGAAGCUCACAUCCAAAUUUAGGGAAACUCUGUGUGGUAAGGAUGAUGAGGGGAGUGCGGAUGUCCCCAUAACUGGUGGGAUGGAUGAGUUUGGCCUAGGUCUUGAAAACAGGAAGGAAGGGAAAGGAAAAAAUAAAGAAAAAGGCGAUAAAAGAAAAAAGGGUUUGGAUGCAUGUGGCCAGAGUCAUGACUGUCAGCACAUUUGUGUUAACAACGGCAGCUCUUUCACCUGCAAGUGUCGUACUGGCUUUGUCCUGAACUUGGACAAAAAAACAUGCUCACGUUUGGAUGUGUGUACCCUGGGCCAUGAAUGUGAUCAGAUUUGUGUCAGUACUGAUCAUUCAUACCUCUGCCAGUGUCAAGAGGGAUUUGUGUUAAAUACAGACCAGAAAACAUGCACACCAAUGAAUAUGGGAUUGAAUAGAUGUGCUUCUGGACAUUGCCAACACAUUUGUAUUGAAACAGAUGAUUCAUAUGUUUGCAAGUGUCGAGAAGGAUUUGUUUUAAAUACAGAUGGGAAAACAUGCUCAAGUUCUGAUCUUUGUGACCUUGGACACAAAUGCCAACAAAUUUGUGUAAGCAGUAACACUUCAUACGUCUGCAAGUGUCAAAGUGGAUAUGUAUUAAAUGCAGAUCAGAAAACCUGCUCUUAUAAAACAUUAGAUGCAGAUGCAUGUAGUCAAGGGCAUGACUGCCAACAUAUCUGUGCAAAUAAUGAUACAUCUUACAUUUGCAAGUGUAAAAGUGGAUAUGUUCUAAACUCAGACCAGAAAACAUGCUCUUUUGCAGAUACCUGUAGCCAAGGCCAUAACUGCCACCAUAUUUGUGUCAGCAAUGGCACCUCUUACAGUUGUAAAUGUCGAGGGGGAUAUGUGUUGAAUGCAGACCAGAAAACAUGCUCACGAUUUCAUCCAUGUGCUCAUGGACAUGUAUGUCAGCACAUCUGCAUAAGCACUGAUCAUUCAUACAAAUGUAAAUGCCAUAUGGGAUAUGUGUUGAAUCCUGACAAGAAAAGUUGUUCACGUUCCUUAGGGGAUGCUUGUGCCAAGGGACAUGAUUGCCAGCACAUAUGUGUGAACAAUGAGAGCUCAUACACCUGCAAGUGCCGACCUGGAUAUGUGCUGAAUGUGGACCUGAAAACAUGUUCACAGGAAAUGAGGAGUGAAAUAACCCAAGAUGCCUGCAUGUGUGAAGCUCAGAUUCUUUUUCAGAAGAAGGUGCAGUCAACUAUUCAAGAACUGACACGAAAAAUUGAUGAACUUUCAAGCAAGGUGAAUGUAAUUGAGGACAUGCCACAGUACUGAGAGUGGAGGAUGCACAGUCUAUCUUGUUUUUAUAGUAAAUCAUUAUUGCAUCUUGUAAUAGUCCAAAUGCUGCAGUAUAGACCUAUAUAAAUAUUAGUUUCUUCCAUACUUGGUACCUAAUGUCUGUGGAAAUAUUAACUAUAUUAAUGCUGGCUUAUAUUACAUACUAAUACCAGAGAUCAUACAACUUUUUAAAAAUUGUGUGUAAUUAUGUAUUCAGUAUAUUAUGCAAAUGAUCAUACAUUUACAGUUAAAUUAAUCAUAAUAUUUUGAUAUUGACGAACUAACUGUAUGCAUUUAACUGAAAUUUUACAGGGGUGAAUUUGUACUACUUGUUUUCAGACAA